AUGCUGGACUCGCAAUCCCUGUCUCCGCUUCUGGCCACCAUCUUCGCCCUACUUCUCGUCUUGUGGAAGGUGUCCACCAAACCAUCGCCCCACACCAACGGCCAAAAGCUGUUCCGACCUGCGUCCACGCUCCCGUUCCUCGGCAAUACUCUCGACCUGCUUUGGUUCCAACGGGACCGACUGCACGACUGGAUGACGGAGCAGAGUCUCGCCUGCGGUGGCAAGCCGUGGCUUUUAACCGGCAUCGGCCAGGUCCCCAAAGUGGUCGUGACCGCCGCUGAAGCCUAUGAAGACGUGUUUAAAACGCAGUUCGACGUGUUCGUACGCGGUCCAGGCGAGACAGUGAAGGAGGUUUUAAGCGAGGGCAUCUUCAACGUGGACGGCGACAAGUGGAAGCACCAACGUCGCGUCACCAGCCACCUCUUCUCCAUGCACAUGCUCAAGGACUGUAUGAACGCAGUCGUUCGCGAGAAAACCGUCAAACUUCGUGAUGUACUUACCAAGUGUGCUGAACGAGGUGACACGGUGAGUAUGAAGUCGUUACUCAACAAAUACACAGCCGACACGUUCACCCGUAUCGGGUUCGGCGUCGAACUCAACGGCCUAGAUGACCCAAUGGACGUCGAUACGACGCAGCCACUCGACGCUGCACUACGAGUUGUGCAGACUCGACUGCAGAGUCCCGUGUGGCUCUGGAAACUCCGCCGUUUCUUCAAUAUCGGUAGUGAACGCGUAAUGCGCGAGAGUAUGCAGAAGGUUCAUGACACAGUAGAGCAGAUCAUGACGAAAUCUCUGGAGGACAAGAACCAAGCUUCAACGUCAGUACACAAGGAUCUCAUGACGCUAAUGUUGCAGUCUGGGGACUUCACGGAUACUCGCGAGAUCCGUGACGUUGCUGUUAACUUUUACGCUGCGGGUAAAGACACUACUGCCUUUAGUUUAUCCUGGUUCAUCGUCAUGAUGAAUCGACACCCUCGUGUUCUCACUAAGAUUCGAGAAGAGGUGCAUCGUGUGGCUCCAGGAUUGUCCACGGGUGAACUGGACACGCCAACACUGGAACAUCUGCAACAGAUGACGUACUUGGAGGCGGCGUUGAAGGAGAGUCUGCGUCUCAACGCACUGGUAGUCUAUCGUCUUGCUAAUCGAGACACUACGAUGUAUGACGGCACGUUCGUCCCCAAGGGAGCGCGUGUGGUCUUCUCCAUGUACGGAUCGGCUCGCCAGCCAACAGUAUGGGGCUCGGAUGCUGCCGAGUACAAACCAGAACGUUGGAUCGACAAGAAGACCGGCAAACUUAAGACUAUCUCGUCGUACCAGUUCACCACGUUCAGUGCCGGUCCAAGACAAUGUAUCGGCAUGCGUCUAGCCAUGAUGGAGAUGAUGACGGUUCUGUCUGUGGUCUUCAGUCGCUUCGAUCUCGUAACGGUGGACAACGCCUUCGAUAUCACCUACGAUUUCUCGCUGGUGCUGCCGGUCAAGGGCCCGUUGGAUGUUCGCGUUCGCUCGCUGGCAGCUCAUGUGGCGUAAGGCCAUUCUACAGCAGAGACAGCUCAACUAUUGAAGUACAAACGAAGGACAGUGACUGUAUCGUCGUGGGUGGAUCUUACUUCAUUUUCACGUAAAGAUUCAGCGCAUUAAAUAAGCUCACCAGGAAAGACUCUGCGUAGUGGAAGCCACAUCCAUCGAUUCUCCCUACUAGUUAAGAAACAGCAUUUUGGCGCGAUCCCUGCGUUUGCUUCCUUUUAUGGUUUAUGCUGAUGAGUAGCGAGGCGUAAUUUUGGCUCCAGAUAGUCAAACUGAGGAAAGAAGUAGAACAUUGGUACCAGCUACAUCUACAGAAGCUAUUCAAUAGCAUCAACUUUGCACCAGCAAUAUUCUAACAAUGCGU